UCCCUCCAUCUCCAGUUUCCCCGACGUUACGUCAUUCACAUUCACGAAGCUGACAGCGAAAGUCUUUCGCCCAUUUUCUACCUCUUCCAUUUCCUUUUCUUCACUUUCCCUUUUCACCUUCCAAAUCUUUCUCUCUCUCUCUCUCUCUUUGAUUUGUUCUUCUCCCAUGGCGGACCGUGGAUCUUACGGCCUGGCUCCUCGUCUAGACAUCGAUCAGUUAUUGAUAGAAGCAAGACAUCGUUGGCUGCGUCCAGCUGAAAUUUGUGAAAUACUUCGUAACUAUCCGAAGUUUCAUAUUGCUUCAGAGCCUCCAGAGAGACCAUCAAGUGGGUCACUUUUUCUUUUUGAUCGAAAGGUUCUGAGGUACUUCCGAAAGGAUGGACACAAAUGGAGGAAGAAGAAAGAUGGCAAAACUGUAAAGGAAGCUCAUGAGAAGCUGAAGGUUGGAAGCAUUGAUGUACUGCACUGCUAUUAUGCCCAUGGAGAAGAAAAUGAGAACUUUCAAAGGCGCAGUUAUUGGAUGCUUGAAGAGCAUUUAAUGCACAUAGUUUUUGUCCACUACUUGGAAGUAAAGGGUAAUAGAACCAAUAUUGGAGCUGUUGUUGAGACAGAUGAGGUUUCAUCGAGUUCACAGAAGAGCAGUCCUAUGAGUUCUAGCUAUUCCAGCAGUCGUAAUCAAGCAGCUUUUGAAAAUGCAGAUUCCCCCAGCCCAACCAGCACUGUGACAUCGUCAUAUGAAGAUGCUGAUACUGAAGACACUUACCAAGAAACUUCAAGAUUUCACUCAUUUUCAACAUCACCACUAGUGAACAAUGGUCUUCUGGUGAAUAAAAAAGAAGCUGGUGCAUCAAAUCUUUACUUUCCACAUUCCUCUUCCAAUAAUGUUGAAGCUUGGCCAUCGGCUCCUGCCGUGGAAUAUGUACCACAAGUUCAGAAAGAUGGACUUAGUAGUGAUGGUGGUACAGGUGUGAUUGGUUCUCAGAAGACACUCACCUCUGCCUCGUGGGAAGAGAUUUUUCAACAAUGCACAACUGGAUUUCAAACAGUACCUUCUCAGGUUUUAAACUCUUGGAUUGAACCUUUAUCUUCUGGAACUGUCCUUGGACAGGAGAAUUCAAUUCCUGGCAAGCUUUUAGCCGGUAAUAGUGCUAUUAAAGAGGACUUUAAGAGCUCACUGACAAUGGCAUCGACCUGUCAGGUUCCUUUUGAAGACAAUACUUCAUCCUUUUCAAAAGGGCACGUUGACCAGUUUCCAGAUUUAUAUUCAGUUUAUGAUAUCAAUGGCAAGUUAACUGAGCAGAAAUCUCAUAAUGCAACUUUUGGAAGUGGUCAUGCUCAUCCUAGCAUAGAGAAUAAGGAGCUUUUUUCAAAAAACUUCGAACCACAGUUCAAUGAAGGAGAAUUGUAUUCUGCAACAAGGUUGAAUUCUGAAAAUGAUAUAUCUAAAGAAGGUUCCAUCAGCUAUUCUUUGGCUUUGAAACAAUCAUUAGUAGAUGGAGAGGAGAGUUUGAAGAAAGUCGACAGUUUCUCACGGUGGGUAUCUAGAGAGCUUGUGGAAGUUGAUGAUUUGCACAUGCAUCCAUCAUCUGGCUUGUCUUGGAGCACUGUAGAAUGUGGUGAUAUGGUGGAUGAUUCGUCAUUAAGCCCUUCUCUUUCUGAAGACCAGCUUUUCAGUAUAACAGACUUUUCUCCGAAGUCGACACUUCUAGAUUUAGAAACCGAGGUUGUGAUUAUAGGAAAGUUUCUGGGGAACAAUCAUGCCACAAAAUGUUACUGGUCAUGUAUGUUUGGGGAAGUUGAGGUUCCUGCAGAGGUUUUGGCUGAUGGGAUUCUGUGCUGUCACGCACCACCACAUAGUGUUGGGCAAGUCCCUUUUUAUGUUACAUGUUCCAACAGAUUAGCUUGUAGCGAGGUGCGUGAAUUUGAUUACUUGGCAGACUCUGCUCACGAUGUAGAUGUUACCGAUGUAUAUACCGCUGGUGCUACAGAAGAAUUACAUAUGCAUUUGCGGUUUGAGAGGUUACUAUCCACUAGAUCUUCAGAUCCUCCAAAUAAUCUCUCAGAAGGUGCCUUGGAGAAACGGAACUUGAUCAAAAAGCUCAUCUCAAUAAAAGAAGAAGAAGAUUGUUAUGGGGAAGAGCCAAAUUCUCAGAAUGAUCAAAAUCAGCAUCAAAGCAAGGAAUCUCUUUUUAUAAAGCUGAUGAAAGAAAAGCUGUACUCAUGGCUUAUACGUAAAGUAAUUGAAGAUGGAAAAGGUCCUAAUAUAUUGGAUGAUAAGGGACAGGGAUUAAUUCAUUUAGCUGCAGCUCUUGGCUAUGAUUGGGCAAUCAGACCAAUUGUAGCUACUGGAGUGAGUCUGAAUUUUAGAGACGUUAAUGGAUGGACUGCUCUUCAUUGGGCAGCAUUCUAUGGCAGGGAGUUGACAGUUGGAACUCUUAUAACUUUGGGCGCCGAUCCUGGAUUGCCGUCAGAUCCAUCUCCAGGCAAUCCUUCGGGCACAACGCCUGCAGACCUUGCUUCUGUAAGGGGACAGAAGGGGAUCGCUGGUUUUCUAGCGGAGUCGUCAUUGACCAGCUACAUCUCAUCUGUAUCAAUGGCAGAUACCAAAAAAGAUGGUGUGCUAGACGCUUCAGAAGGGAAAGCUGUGUAUACCGCUGCUGAACGGAAGGCAACACCAAUAAAUGAUGGUUUUAUGCCUGGUGAUUUGUCCUUGAAGGAUUCGUUGACUGCUGUCUGCAAUGCUACUCAAGCUGCUGAUCGUAUACAUCUGAUGUUUCGAGUAAAGUCAUUUCAGAGGAAGCAAUUAUCAGAGCGUGGACCUGAUGAAUUUGGAUACUCAGAUGAUAGUGCUAUUUCGUUUGUCGCUGCCAGGGCACGCAAGUCUCGACUAAGUAACAGCCCAGACCAUGCUGCUGCAGUUCACAUACAGAAAAAGUUCCGUGGUUGGAAAAUGAGAAAAGAAUUCUUGCUAAUACGUCAAAGAAUAGUGAAAAUUCAGGCCAUUGUGAGAGGACACCAGGUGAGGAAGCAAUACAAAAAGAUUGUCUGGUCGGUAGGAAUAUUAGACAAGAUUAUUUUGAGAUGGAGACGGAAGGGGAGUGGUUUGCGAGGCUUCCGAUCAGAUACAGUUGCCAAGACUCCGCCCUCUGUGGUGAUGGAACCACGUGAAGAGGACGACGAAGAUUUUUUGAAGAAAGGAAGAAGACAGACUGAGGAAAGAUUUCAAAAAGCACUUACUAGAGUCAAGUCCAUGGCUCAAUAUCCUGAGGGACGGGACCAAUACCGUAGGCUACUUACCGUGGUUCAAAAGUGCCGAGAAACCAAGGUGAGUAAUAUAAGUAUUACUAGUACUUCAGAAGAGAUAAUAGAAGGUGAUGACAUGAUUGAUAUCGACUCACUGCUGGAUGAUGAUGCUUUGAUGUCUAUGACAUUUGAUUGAGAAACUGGUGGUGUUAUCAAUCAGCCUACUGUGCUCUCAUGCUCCUAACUUCAGCUUCUCCCUGUAAAUACAACUCUCUAACUAAUGUAUGAGAUUCAGGUCUUUAUAUUAUGAACACUUACUGUUGGCUGUCUCCCAAAAGGGUAUAGAUUCUAUAGGUCGUUAAUAGGCUUACCUGAUAUCGUAAUUUAUGGAGAAGAUCCCGACAUUAUGUCGAUCGAUUGAAUUUGAACCGACUUUGUAUAUGGAAAGAACACUUAAUACUGCUACAUUCUGUAUGUUUUAGUGUCAUAUUUUGAAGGUAAUUUUGAUGUUUGUUCGUAUUGGUCA